UUAUAGAUUUUUAGUCGAAUUCUGUUAUUUCACGUUAAAGUACGUACGUGCGCUACGAACGGAUUGUGAACGGAGUGUGUGAAAUUAUUUAACGUGUGCCGCGUGUCAAAGAAAUACGUAAAAAUUGCACACGAAUGCAAAUGCACAACUACACACAUACGCACCAUAUGCAAAUCUCUGUUUCUGUGUACGUCCACGUCUAUACCAACACCACAUACCGCACAACACCGCACCGCAUCGCACCAAAGGCAGCAAAUAAAAAUUAAUAUGCCGCAAGCGUGAAAGUCACAAUUCGACGCAUAAGCCCCCUUGAAUUAUUAAUGAUAUAAAUUACAAUCAAACAAACAAUAAUACAACAAUACGCCACACACAAUAACAUUAAGAAUCCCCAAGCAACAAUAAAAACAGCAACUGCAAUUUCGAAAAUCGACGGCUUAAUCAGCUAGCUUCGAGGCGCAGGCGCCGCUUUUCACACGAGUUGGCAGCACGCCACUCUUCACGGUACGGCAGGCCACUCCACACUGUACGGCAGGGCGCAAAAUCCACACCACAAUUAAUUGGCAGCGUCCGCUCCUCAUUCCCGCCUCGACAGCUAGCCAGCGUCUCCCAGGUUCAACUCCAACGCCUCCUUAACCAAAGAACCAGCCGUCAAAGUGGAUUUAUCAAAUUAUAACAAAAUGCUGCAAUCCAGCAACCAUCACUACCUGAGGCCGGAUUAUAUGACAGCUGCCGCCGCCCCAACAGCGCUGGACAAUAAAAGCAGUCCGUUGGCGCUAUUGGCGCAAACAUGCAGCGCCAUCGGUGCGGAUACCGCGAAUCCAAAGCUGCUUGCAGCCAACAUUGAGAAGUCGACAAAGCAGCAGCCGAAAGGCAUCGCCCAAGGCUUGGGCAAUGGCAACGGCAGCGGCAACGGCUUGGGCCUCAGUCUGGGGGACAGCACACGCGAUAAAUCCUCACCGGUUAGCAGUCAUUCAUCCAGCGUUAGCACCGGCUCUGUGGAGCAGCAACAGCUGCCGCCGGCUCACAGUAAAACCCCCAGCACCUUUAAGCCCUAUGAGGCCAACAAUAACGACUGCGGCGCCACAAAUCUCAGCAGCAGCAGCAGCAGCGGCAACAACAACACCAGCAGCAGCCACAACCUCAACACCAACAGCAACAGCAACAACCAACGCGUUAAGACACCCAAAGCGAAUGGACAACAGCGCUGCGAUUCGAACCAAAGUGCCAGCAGCUCACAGCGCGAAUCGCCAAAUGCAAUGGCAAACUCGAACGCGAAUGCGGCAAUGGCCAAUGCCGCUCUCAGACGCACACCCACCACAGCAGGCGCCCAGAUCAAUGGCAGCCCGGUGAUGGUGCAGUCAUCCAUGCCAGCUCGAAGCAAUUCCAAAGAGUCCGCUGCAUUGAGCAGUCCAAGUUCUGCUGCUGCUGCUGCCGCCGCCGCCGCCACCUCGAAUCGCCUUCAGGAAGCCGUCUACGCAGCUGCCAAGGAGGCUAGCUAUGUGAAAGCUCUUCAUGCAGCCAGCCAGCAGGCCAAUCCCUCGGCAGCCUCCUAUUAUCCUCCAGGCUAUGGUGCUCCAUACCCCAUGGACUUGAUGGCAGCCAGCUCGUUGAUGUCACCACAUCAUGCCAUGUUCAAGGCGUCGGCGAUGAGUCCCUAUCUGAACUACGCUCGACUCAAGGGUCUGACGGAACCAUCAGCCAUGAUGGCCGGCGCACCCAACGUGUGUCGGGAUCCCUACUGUACUGGCUGCCCAGCGAGUCCGCAUUACAUCAACAAAGCUGCCGGCCAGCCCUGUCCGGCUGGUUGUCCGCAGUGCGAGGUCUCUGGCGGCAGCAAGUCGAGCACGAUAGGUGCCAGCUCAGCCAGUGGAGGAGGUAGCUCCAGUGCAGCAGCAGCGGCUGCAGCCUCAUAUCACGCCCAGCUGGCGGCAAUGGCGGCCGCUUCCCAACUGCCGUACGUGUGCUCCUGGAUUGGCAGCGAUGCGGCGUACUGUGGCAAGAGAUUUGGCACCUCCGACGAUCUAUUCCAGCAUUUGCGCACACACACGGCCUCUGUGCCGGACGCAGUGUUGAGUGCGGCAGCAGCAGGAGGCAUACCACCGAACCAUCCGCUAUUCCAACGCACCUACCCAACUCCGCCGCUGAGUCCGUUGUCGGCGGCGGCACGCUACCAUCCGUAUGGCAAGCCAUCAAUGCUGCCCCCAUCCCUGGCACCGCCCGGACUCCCCGGCCUGCCGCCACAUCCUGCACUGGCGCAAUACUUUGCGCCCUACUCGUUAUACGGACCACGCAUGGGCUCAUCGCAUCCGUAGUAAACAUAGAGAAGCUAGGGCAACGGAUGGAAGUGGGGAGCGGGGAACGAAGAACGGAAGGAGGGGAGAUCGGAGAAGGGAGAACCGGGAGGGUCAACUCACUCGUGAAACGAAAAGCUAGUGAUCUAAUGUACGAUAGUUACAUACAAAUGUUUAAUAUUAGCUUUAGGCUCUAACGCAAAGUUGAAAAGAUUCUAUUCAAGGACUUACAUAGGCAUGACUUAUUUAAGACAGCUUUCCAUCGGAGAGUCUGUCUGUCGUCUGUCGUAUGUCCCAUUUACUCGUAAUGCUUAUGGUAAUUUUAAUAUUAUUUAUUAAUGUCAAAGAGAACAACAAAAAUAAAAAUAAACACAAAAGCAAAUACAAAUACAACAUAUAAAUAUCGUAAACGGAUAGAAAAUACAAAACCAAUUAUAAAAUGAAAAGAUUGUCCAAAAACUUCAAGUUGUAAAAUUCUUGUAAAUUAUAAUGAUAAACGUAAAUAGAUAUAAAGUGAAUAACUAUAAAUAUAUACACUACAAAUAAAUCCCAACCCAAAUCUAAAUGUGUGUAUAUGUGUAUGGUUAUGUAUGUAAAUGUAAUUAUGAACAACAUUUUAAAGUUCAUUUAAAUCACUACAACAAAUCAAUAAAUCAAAAGAUAACUCAACUCAUAA